GAAAGGUAUCAAGCAAAGAGAAGCAAACCUCUGUGAGGGAUUGAGUGGAUUUAGCUGUUUCACAGGGAUUUCGUUUUGAGAAAAUUGAUAUGCUAAGAAAAAGUUUACACAAAGUUGGCUAACGUCGUUUCGUUCAUUUUAUCUUCAAAGAGUAACCUGCAUAAACCUAAAAAGGGAACUUAGCCUGACGUUUGCAUUAGGCUAGUUUCAAUAACCAGAACAACCAUGGCCAGUCGUAAGCGCAUCCUGAGCUCUCCGGGGAAAGGUCCUGCCAGGCGGAACCUGUUUGGCCCAGUGGACCAUGAGCAGCUGCAGCAGGAGUACCAGGACAUAUUGCGCAGAGACCUUGAGGACGCCUGUCGCCGCUGGGACUUCGACUUCCUGUCAGAUAAGCCUCUGGCUGGGGGAGACUUCCAGUGGGAGGAGGUUCCAGGCACCAAAGUGCCUCUCCUCUACCUGCCCUGCCUGUUGGGUCAGGGGGAGGCACAGAAGGUCGGAGGGCCGGCGGCAUCCACAGGGAGGGUCAGGACGGGGCCAUGGCACCAUGGCAAGGAAAACAUCCCUUGCACCCCUGAGAAGUACAGAGCCAACCUCCAGAACCUGGAGAAAACACAAGACAAGAACGAGAACAAACUGAAGAGGAAACAGACCAACCUCACAGAUUUCUACCAAGCCAAGAAGAGAGUGGUGGGUACGCCGCCUAAGUCAGGCCGGUGAUUUCAGAGACACAGUCACAGCUGCCAGGGAGCCAACAGUCGGACAGACCCACAGCAAACGCUACUUCUCUCAGGAACCCACAUGCUGCACAGACUCUAGGCACAUAGAGUACAUACAGUACACUUACCUGGAGGAAUACAUAACCAUUACUCUAAACAAACGCAGUGAAAAAUGAAACAACCUAUUUUAUUGAAUCCAUUACCGAUGCAUACUGUACUAAUGAUUUCAAUGUAAGGGGGCUUGUGUUCUUCCUGUGGUAAGGGAGGGACAUUCAAACAGUUCAAAUGGUGCAUCUAAGUUCAUUUGUGAGUCAUGUAAGGACAUCCUCUAAACCUUUAUGACCGUUUAGUGUAAGGAAGACUUGAAAAUCUCACAGUCUGGACAGUUAAGGUCCUGCAUUCGACAGCACUAAAAUGGACCAAUUGAAACCAUGCCUCAGGGUCUACCCAUAAACCGUCUUGUUUUGAUGACCAUGAAAUUAUGAAACCAUACUGUUUACGGUGCUGAGGUUGAAUCUACUGUAAUAUAGUGUCACAUUGAGAGGACUCUUGAAAAAACGACCACAACAACACAAUAGUCUUUAACAAAGUAUUUCCAGUUCAAAUGUCCAAAUGUAUGGAUUUAUGUUUUUUUCUUUAAUGUUUUUUCAUUAUGCUGUGUCUCUUGGGAAGAGGACGAGGAAUCAUGUUAUUGUCUGUCAUUUGCAAGCACUUCCUGUCCAAAGUAUGUAUUGUUGUACAUAUUUAAAUUGUGAAAUCUCAUGUAUCUCAACAUGUACUUUUAGGAAACUACUUGAAGGGUACUGUCGUGCAUAAAAUUGUUAUGCUUAUAAUGCAAAUUCCUAUAUAGAAAUGUCACCAAUGUUCCCCCUUUCUACCUAACUAGGGCUUCUUGCUAUAAUACUCUUGGAAUUUGUUGAUGGGGACCUCUGCAAUGUUCUUUCAAGCUUUCCAAGUCUUUAUACGAAGUCUAUCUAGCAUAUGGCCAUCUGAACACAAAGCCAGACAUUCAAGUUUCCUUAGAUAAGUAUCAGAUUUAUCUUGAGAUGUUAAUAUCACACUGUUAAGCAGUGAAACAUUUUAAGUUUUCUUGCAGUAUUGCACAAUUUUUUUAAUGUAGCCAACAGCAGGUACAAGUGCCUGUAUGGAAUUUGAAUCUAAACAGAGGGAAAUUGUGUCCUCAGAAACAUAGCUAUUUUUGACUAGGCUACAGCCACUGUUUUCUAUUCUAUUUGAAGAAUAGUGCAAUAAAAUAUACAUGAAGUGUU